AUGUGGACUCUGACUCCCAGUUUAACUGUGUCCUAUGAAGCCAAGAUUGCAUUUCUGUCCCUUUCAAUUCUCGAGUUCGCAGUGGGGAUUCUAACCAAUGCAUUCAUUUUCUUGGUAAAUUUUUGGGAUGUGGUAAAGAGGCAGCCAUUGAGCAACUCUGACCUUGUGCUGCUGUGCCUUAGCUUCAUACGGAUUUUCCUGCAUGGGCUGUUGUUUCUGGAUGCCAUCCAUCUCAUCUACUUCCAGAAGAUGAAAGAUCCACUGAGCCACAACUACCAAGCCAUCAUCAUACUCUGGAUGACUGUAAACCAAAUCAGCCUCUGGCUCACCACCUGUCUCAGCCUACUCUACUGCGCCAAGAUUGUUCGUUUCUCUCACACCUUCUUGCUCUGUGUGGCAAGCUGGAUCUCUAGGAAGCUCCCCCAGAUGCUCCUGGGUGCCAUUCUUUUCUCCUGCAUCUGCACUGUUGUUUGUCUGUGGGACUUUUUUAGUAGAUCUCGCUUUGCAUUCACAGCUGUGUUAUCCAGGAACGAUACAGAAUUCAAUAUACAAAUUACAAAGCUCAGUUUCUUUUAUUCAUUUCUCCUCUGCAAUGUGGGGUCUAUCCCCCCUUUCCUAUUGUUUCUGAUUUCUUCUGGACUGCUGAUUGUCUCCCUGGGAAGUCACAUGAGGACAAUGAAGGCCCAAACCAGAGGCUCUCAGGACCCCAGCCUGGAGGCCCACAUCAAAGCCCUCGUAAUUCUGGUCUCUUUCCUCUGUUUCUCUGUGGUGUCAUUCUCUGCAGCUCUCGUAUCUGUUCCAUUACUGAUGCUGUGGCAGAACAAGUUUGGGGUGAUGGUCUGCAUUGGGAUGAUGGCAGUCUGUCCCUCUGCACAUGCAGCUGUCCUGAUCUCAGGCAAUGCCAAGUUGAGGAGGGCAAUGGAUAUCAUUCUAAGCUGGGUUCAUAGAGGGCUAAAGGUAAGGACAGACAGGAAGGCAGAUGCCAGUACUGAGGACAGACCUGAAAUGCACUUUCAUGAAUAUGUCUCUGACUCCUCAAGAAUAUACCUGUGA